AUGGAGCAAGUGGAACUCGGAACGCGCGACGGCGACCAGCUGAAGUCUGUUGAUACCAUGGACAACAAAACUGUGCAACCACGUCCGGAUGCGCCGCGGCGAACCACGCAUCCUGCCGCCGUAUUGAAGAAGCCGCCGGUGCCUGCUGCCGUCGACAGCGACUCUUCCGCAUUUUCUCGUCCCAGCAUCAACAAUCACAACAACAGCACUCCCGCAAGCUACAGUUCCAACAGCCUGCCCUUGCGACCGCGCAACCAAGUUCCCUACACAAGGCCUCAUCUACGCUCCCGGUCGCACGCCUCGGCCCUUGCUCCUCCCAUGGCGCCGCGAGCACAUUCACUACCGUCGGUGCAUUCGGCCGGCCACCAAUAUCCUUCUUCUCCUUCGGCAUCCCCCUUGCUGCGUCCGUCAAGCCCAAUGUCCUCCUUGUCGCCGCGCCAGCCAUACUCGCCAAACUUGCGACCGACCUCUCCCUUUCGUCCUCGCUCUCCUUUGCCCUUGGACGAAGCGACCUAUGCCCAACAAUCCUCCUAUGACGGAGCCUUUCAAAGCAUUUCCGAGGAUGCCGAGCUCAACAUAACCCCACGUUCUCACCUCGACAACCCAUCACAUACAGCUCCAUUUGGACGUUCGCUAUCCCUGCGUCGACAACGGCCAUCUUCUCCUCUGCACUCGCUCACUCCAUCGGCUGCCACGUCCCGUUCGGCAUCUGCUACUUCUUCACCCUCGGUUGCAACGAAUCGCUUCAACGAUCACUUUCCUCCGCUACAUCACUACUCCAGCAAUUCUUCUUUUUCGAGCAUUUCUACCACACCUUCGUCUGCUCGCUCGCGGUCUCCCAGUAUCUCAUCUCUUGAAACCAUCGAAGACAACCCGGAUCUGGAAUGGGAAGCCAUCGAGGCCGACCGAGCGGCCAAGCAACGCGCCGCAGCAGAAGCCGAGGAGCAAGGCGAUGACAGUGAGCCGCGCAGAAGAGGCAGCCUAGAUAUCCCCGGUCACAGAAGCGUUGGCUUUGGCUUCGGCAGAAGGGGAGGAGAUCCAGGACGAAAGAGAUGGAGUAUCUGUGGUGGAGAGAGGACCCAUGAUCUAGACCUGGAGACCAUCUGGGAAGAUUGA